AUGCUCAACGAAGUGCACUUGAACGCAGACCCGAACACUAUCUCCACCUUGGAUGAGCCGGUGCUUCAGACGCUGCUCCGCGAUGCCAAGGCGAUUGGCCGCAAGCUCAUCGUAGUUGUCUGCCCCCCUCUCGGGGAUGAAAGGGAACUUCAUGAUUGGGACCUCUGGGGGCCCCUGUUCCUAUGUCUCAUGCUUGCUUCUAUCCUCACUAUUAACGCCAGCGACGACCAAGGCGCCGCCGUCUUCUCUGCUGUCUUCAUCUUUGUCUGGCUCGGCGGUCUCGUCGUCACCAUCAACGCCAAGCUCCUAGGCAGCAAGAUCAUGUUCUUUCAGACAUACUGCGCGAUGGGUUACUGCUUGGCGCCCAUCUGUCUUGGCGCUCUCUUUUGCUGGAUCAUCCCGUGGUUCUUUGUGAACCUCCUGCUGUGCGUCAUCGCAUGGGCGUGGGCCUGUUGGGCUGCCCUGCGCUUUUUUCGUAACACAGUGAACGCUGACCGUGAGGUGCUGGUGGUGUACCCCGUCGGGCUCUUCUACGUCUUCUUUACAUGGAUGGUCCUCGUUGGUAUUUAG